UUCAUUCAUAUUUACAGUUGAGUUAUUGCUUCUCUAAACUGUUGACUAAAUUCUCCUUUUCUUCUCUCUAUUUCGAAGGCUCGUUUGCUAGUUUGUUGAAGUGGAUGAAUACCCAUAAAUAAGUAUCACCCAACAUUUUUUUCCAAAGAUCGCCACCGAUUUUAAUCAAUUUAUACUUUCAUAUAAAUCCCACCUACUCAAAAACCAAAAAACUGUAUUUUCAUACAUGAUCAGUUAUAAAAUAGAAUACUUUUCUUUUUAAUUUUUAUGUGUAAUCUUGCCCUUUCUGAAAUUUUUGUUUUCUUUUUUAAAAUUCAAAAGUUGCUACAUUAAAUGUUAACAUUAACUUUGUUUUUUCAUAUGCAUGAUUUUGAGUUAAGUUUGUUUUUUUUAAUGUUGAUAUUUGUAAUAGCAUUUGUGUAUGACAGUAUGUAAAUACUUAUGUAUCAUCAACUCUUCUGAAUUAAUUACAUAAGGCAUGCAUUUCUAAUAUUUUUUUCUUUAUUUUCACAAGACUAGUUUUAAAAAAUAAAAGAUCAGUGCUUCAUAAAUGUAAAGGAAUUUAUUCCAUAAAAACUACGGGAAAACAACAUAAUUCACUUUUUGGAAAACGACUGGUGAGAUUGUUCAGUUUCAUAUCUAUUUUCUAUUCUUUCACUCCAUAAAUUUACAAAAAAGUAUGCUCAAUAUUGACAAUCAUUUUUUUAUUGUUAGAAGUAAUCAUUCUAUUUGUUUAUCAAAUGACUUUUGACAAGAUUGAAUUCAUUUUCUGUGUUAAUAUUUUAAUAGAACUGAUUAGAAUUAGUUGUUGUUGUUGUUUUCACUCACUUUCAAAAAGCUGAGAAUGGGAAAUCCCGUCUCUCAAAUGACGUUGUCACGUGACCCUACAAACGAGAGUACAACACUAUAAAAUGGCGACCCCCAUGAGUAGUCAUGCUGUUUCUAUGUUGACUGAUAAAGACGCCGACGAAUGGUGUCAAGUACAAUGCACCGUGUGUACCGGCUUCGAAAAAGUGGCCAGUGAGGAAGCCAAAGAAGUAUUAGGUGUAGAAAAGGUUCGUGUCGGCCACGGACACAUAGUGAUACGCUUGCCCGUAAAGAACACGUCCAAGGUUCUCACUUUAAAUGGUGUUGACAAUUGUGCUGUCUUGAUUCAUGAAAAUCUUCAUUUUGGAUUUGGAAGUAACGAGGAAGGAUGUAUGAAACAGCUUCAAUAUUUAGUUGAAAAUGUUGACUGGAGAAUGGGCUUAAAGGUUUGGUCUCAAGUUUAUUCCUUUCAUUUGCCAAUCUCUGAGAAGCCAGUUACAUAUCCUGUUGAUUUUGGAAGUGUCAUUCCUGCCUCUGCAAUCCCACUGAAACCAAAGCAAGAAAAAUCUAAUAGAAAUGAUUAUGGCAAAAAGAAACGAAGAUGCAAGAUGGAAGAAAAUGAAAAUAUGAAUAAGGGAGAUAAAGUUGGUGAGGAAUUGAUAGAGUGUGAUGUGAAUAUUGAGGAGAAAGCUGACGACGAGAGUUCUGCUGAGGUCACUGCUGAGGUCACUGAAGCCAAAACCACUAAGAAAUCAAAAAGGCCUUUCGAUCCAACAAAACCAACAUUUCGAGUCACUUGUCACAGAAGUGGUGAGAAUCACGCCUUCAGCUCAAUGAUUGCAGCAGCGAAUUUUGGUGGUGCAAUACAAACUUAUUUUGAUUGGAAUGUUGAUAUGAAAGAUUUCAAUAUUGAAGUUAUUCUGAGAAUUGUCAAUGACAGUAUUUCUGUUAGCAUUGCUCUUACCAAAGAGAGCUUACACCGGCGCUUAAUUACAAAUUUCGGACCGACAACUCUUCGUGCGACUACUGCCUAUAACAUGCUCAGACUUUGCAAAAUCCAGGAUGGAGAUGUUGUUUGUGAUCCUAUGUGUGGAAGUGGAGCAAUUCCAAUCCAGGCCUCAGUUUGUUGGCCCCAAACCUGGAACAUAUGUGGGGAGAUUCAUCAUAGAGCGAUGGAAAAAAUUGAAGGUAACAUUAAUGCUGUGAAUGAGCAACGGAAAGAGAAGAUGCAGCCUCAGCUUGGUAUCGAUGUUUUCAAAUGGGAUGCUUGUCAUUUGCCACUUGCCAGUCACAGUGUAGAUGUUUUCAUCACUGACUUGCCGUUCGGGAAAAGAAGUGGCUCAAAGAAAAACAACUGGAAAUUAUAUCCGGCAGUAAUGUAUGAAAUGGCACGGGUUGCCAAGCUGAACACUGGUCGGGCCUGUCUUCUUACCCAGGACAAAAAGUGCAUGUUUAAGGUAAGAUUUUUGCUCUUUGCAUAAAUUGAAAAAAGAUAC